AAAUAUUUUCAGGUUUUAAAACACACAUUUUGUCAUCCUGAGAAUUAGGUGUUACUUCUGACGUGCAGUAACACCACAUGUGCAGUCAUUCUUGUGUCCUAGUUUUUAUUUCCUUACAAGAUUUUACUUGAUGCCUUGGCGAAUGAUAAUUGUCGACAUUGGUUCCAACUUCCUGCAUUAGUGUCUACACUGCAGACUGCAGUGAGUGUAACUGUAAGUCCAUUAUAAAUUCUACAGGCUUUGACACUUUGAACACUUACCAAUGACACUUUGAUAUCGGUGUCAUCAAGAUGGUGAAUACACCAAUUCCAAGUAGCGUCAAAUCGGAGGCCAAAAAGGCAGCCAAGAUCUUGCAGGAUUUCACUUUCCCAAGUGCAAAGACAGGACCAGACAAAAUCAUUCCAGUAUCAUUGAUCUUGAAAGCAAAGGGUCUUGCCAUUCUGUCCGUUUUUAAGCUCGGUUUCCUUGUGACUGCAAGAGGAGGAAGUGGAAUUGUCAUCGCUAAACUUAAUGAUGGAUCAUGGUCACCGCCGUCAGCCAUUGGGCUUGCUGGACUUGGAGGUGGAUUCGAAAUUGGAGCCGAGGUAACAGAUUUCGUCAUCAUUCUCAACACCCAAUCAGCAGUUGACGCUUUUUCGAAAGGCGGCAACCUCACCCUUGGAGGAAACUUCACGGUCGCUGCAGGACCGUUGGGUCGUAAUGUUGAGGCUGACGUAUCUGUGAAAAGUCCCGCCGCAAUUUAUUCCUACUCGAAGACGAAGGGCCUAUUCGCUGGGAUCUCGAUCGAGGGAAGUGGCUUGAUUGAGAGGAAGGAUGCAAAUAAGAAAUUCUAUGGUGAAGACGUCAGGGCCUUUCAGAUCCUCCAAGGCCUGGUAGACAGACCUCCCGGUUGUGAUCCAUUGUAUAACGUCCUUGAAAAACAGGCGGAAAUUGCUGCCGGGAUCGUUGCCGAUAAAGUCAAGAAGAAAGCUGAGGAAACUGCGCGCAAGUCUUCCGAGUCUGGCUUUCUGUCGAGGUUUGACUUUAAGAAUGCUAGUUUCGGUGGCUCAAAAAAAAGAAAGAGUUCAACGCACUCCCUCCGCGAUCGUUCUCCGCCGACGCCAGAUGAACGUAGACGGCCGUCCUACGAUGUCGAUCGCGUUGUUACCAAACCAGCUAAUACCCGUGGACGAUCCUUGGGAACCAAUUCAAGUGGAAAAUCGUUUUCUGUCUACGACACACGAGGCGCGAAACCAAAAAUCAAAUCCACCCAAAGUUUCAAACGUCCAGCCCCGAAGUCCCACAUUGAUCCCUGGGCUAGUGCCAAACAAAAGAUAAACAAAGUCCGAGCCCUUCAUAAUUAUACUGCUGAUCUGCCGUGUGAUUUAUCCUUCAAUAGCGGUGACGUUAUCGUCGUCUUGACGAUGACAGAGAAGCAGGACGAUUGGUGGGAAGGUGAAGUCCACGGAAAGAGGGGAAUAUUCCCAGCGAACUUCACAAUGGUCAUAAAGUGAUUAAAGGGGGAAGAAAGGCAGGAGCAUGGGGUUAAAUUCACCACCUUUGGGUGACUAAUAUACACAGUAAGGGCACUUGGUCAUGUUGGAUUCAGCACUAUAUAUAUUCCUCAUACAAACGUGAAAGAUGUUGACAUACUGCGAGAUGGGAGAGACCCCUAUUGGUACUUUCGUGUAACUUAAUCUUGCCUACCUAACUGGCGUAUAUUGCCAUGGUGUUAUUUCACGCUGCAUGGCCCAUGGACAAAGGCCUUGUGCACACACAUAAAAUGCUAAUGAGGUGUAGACAGUUAGUGGUUCGAAGAAGAAAUAAGUAGGCCUACAGUAGAACCUCUCUAUCAAGGACACCCCUGGUACUUACAAACGGUGUCCUUAAUAGAGCGGUGUCCUGAUUGCAGAGGUCAAAUCCAAUGGAAGUGACCUAUUUGGAACCAAAUGCAUUGUCCCUAUUAGAGGUGUCCUUAUUAGAGAGGUGUCCGCUAAGGGAGGUUCCACUGUACCUGACAAUAGGAUAUCCCAUAUUUGGUGAAAAAGUCAGGAGGUCUGCCCCAGUUUUUUGACAAGUGCUGUCAAAGUGUCGAGUGUCUGACUGGUAGGGGGGCCGAGUUUAUAUCGACCGCUGCAUUACCUGAAGUAUUAUCCCAUUCUCUAGAUUAAUUAUUUCAGAGACGUGAACAACUAUAGCCUAAAUAUUGUACAAAAUGUCCAUAUAAUAAUUAUUUAUGCAAGACAAUUUUACAGACAGCUGAAUCCCUUGGUCUUAUACUCUGCUUAAAGUGAUACUAUGAUGUGAUUUACAACUUUGCGGAAAUACGUCCGUUUUUUAUUGUUGAUCACAAAUGUAAAGCUCAAAUUUUCCAUUUUUGAUUAGAUAUAUCAUAAAAUCGCUGUUUUAAUCGAAUGUAAACCACCGCGACCACGAAAAUGUUCAUGUUGUGACGUCAUCAACGAAAACGUCGUCGGCGUAGCGCAACUUCAACGGCAUCGAAGCGAGCCGUCUGGGCGGGAUUAAAACCAUCAAUUUCUAGAAAAUGUGCAUUUCGAUUCGAAAACCUUACCGAUUUAUGAGAAAGUGACGUAGUCAUUUGUCAAAAACAGCUAAAACAUUAUACGGUGAAAUUUGACACGAGUUACCCAUUAAAUAUAAAUGUAUGGUAUCAAGAAUAAAUAAAGUCUUUAUCAAUUCAUGAUGGUAUAAACAGCCCUAAAUCUUGAUAAAGAUGCAAAAACCUUGAUGGUCAAGAAGGUUUUUCUCGGCAUGAGAAAGAAUAUAGAAAUUGCGAAAUGAAAUGUAUGCUUAUAGACAAUGUAAGUCCAAGCUUUUGAGCUAUUAUAUAUAUGUAUAUAUGUUUGUUUAUUUCGUACAAAAUUACAUGUAAUAUAAACAAAAUGAAAUAAAACAUUAUUUCUGUGAUAAA